UGUAUCCGUGAGUGUCACUGAAGAGUUUCGUGCGGUUUCGUUUAGGUAGCGAAGCGGUGAAACAUUUGUGUCAGUAGAAUUUUUUAGUGAAAUGCUAUGGCUUUAUUCCGUCCUGUUCAGAGCUGGUUGAAAGCCUCUGAAACAGUCAAGAUUACAGGAAGGGAACAAGGCGAUGGAUUCACGGCAUAUAUCAUACAAGUUAGUGUACCACCCUACCGCUGGACAGUGAAACAUAGGUACAACGACUUUAGAGAGGUUAAUGAAAAACUGACAAGUUCACAUCAUGUUGCAAAAUCACUCCUUCCACCAAAGAAGCUGUUUGGAAACCAGUCUGAAGCCUUCAUUCAGCAACGCCAAUCUGAGCUCGAAUUGUACCUUCAGUCAUUGGUCCACCAGUUCUCUGUCCCGCCCCCUGUGCUUGGACAGUUCCUCGACUUUCACAGAUAUGAGGUGCACACCAUUUUGGAUGACUUGGCCGAAAGGCUUUUUGACGAAGGUGAAAGUCUACUAGCCAAAGAUGAAGAAUUUCACAUGACACCCUUAGUGCUUCACUGCUUAACUGAACGACUCAAACUUGCUGAGCCCACCUGUGUUUCGAAGAACAAGCGUCGAGAUUUGGCUCACAUACUAGACUUUGUGUCACAGCUGCGGAAACUUUACAUCACAGGGACUUCCACCCCUGUAGGCACCAGCAACAUUUGUCCGAGCAUGCUAGCGUUUGAUUUGUCACCAUUUAAGGCACUACAGUCAUUACAUAUUCGGGGAUGUGAAAUCCAAGGCCGAAUCUCCGGAUUUGAAGUAGUUGGUCCUGGGCUACUCGAAAUGGAAGUGCACCAGUCCCUUCAAAAUUUGCGACCCUUGCUUUUGGCAAACCACCUGAAUUACGAUGUCGCGGCUGCUGUUCCGUGGAGCAGCACUGUAAGGGCAGACUUGAGCAACAAUGCAAUUCACCAAAUCGACCCUGCUAUCAGAGUAUUAGCUUCCGUUGAGUACUUAGACCUGAGUAACAAUCAAAUAGAGGAACUUGAAAACCUGGAACCCCUUCCUCGACUGUCCGAUCUAAAUCUGUCAAACAACCGGAUUGGACGCCUCGUAGCACUGCACACACGUCUGGGGAACAUCCGCUGUCUUAGACUCUCUGGAAACCACAUUGAAUCACUAGCAGGUUUGUCUCGCUUGUAUUCAUUGGUAGACUUGGACUUGUCACACAAUCAGGUGACUCUGAUAUCGGAGGUGGGCCACCUCGGAUCACUUCCAUGUCUAGAGAAGGUUGAUCUAAGCCACAAUCCUGUAACCUACGUGGUGGACUACCGUCCGCAUGCCCUCCUUGCUUUUGGAGCUAGGGCUGCUGAGAUUGCUUUAGAUUGUAAAAAGCCAACACCAAAAGAACUGGACACAGUUGCUGUGUUAAGAGCCCUCAAAGUCGCAAAAGAAGGACAGAUUAUGAGGCAUGGCAUGACAGAUAGAGGAGGAUGGGGUGAUCCUGGCGUUCAGCUACCAAGUUCAGGGACAUGGUCUGUAGAAGCCUCAAAAGUAAAAGAAGGUGGGUGCCCUACAUUGCCGUGCGAGGAAAUUGUGGAAGAUCCAGCAGUGAGUGAGUUUCGAAAGCAACUGGCAGCACUGAGACACAUAGGGGGGAAUAAUUGGCUCAGACUGCUAAAUCAACUGCAGAAUGACAAGCCUAGUGAGUAUUCCACAGAAGAGGGUUCAACAUAUCAGUCAGAAAUCCACUUAACACCACCGCAAGAAGACAUUCCUCAUCCUUGCUCACUUUCGGGGACCACUGCAGAGCUGAUCCUUCCCGAGUGGCUGUCCGCGCUCAAGUCUGGCAACCCUGCUUUCCUCGACAUGCUCCAGAGCCUCUCGCACGGCAAUCCCCCUUUCUGGGCAUCGUGGUGCAUGCUCCUCUCACGUGACAGCAGUUGUAUACCUGCCUGCGUGGUUGGGACCUGUUUGGGACUCCACGUCUACCGUAUCCUCAAGCUCCCGUCCCCGGACUUCUCCGCCCUCCCGGAAAUGGAAUCGACGUCUGUGUUUGCUCCGUCCAGCAUGGUGGCGCUACUUGCCGGGCCACGUCACAGUUACGUUGAGCUUCAGAUUGGCUCAGAAACCGGACUAGAGAGCCGGAUGUUUCUUUCGUCUACUCCGAGCGAUGCAUCGGAUUUGCUGGUGCGCGUCGGGACCACCUUCGGUGUCGAGGUACGACAAAAAUUUGCCGCGGGCGAGAUGGAAAGCUGCGCGCUGGAAGCAGCGACGAAAGUCGGAGUCGUUCCGAGUCAGGUGGCGUUCUGCGAGCGUGUCCUCGUCGAGGAUGCGGUGUGUGGAAAGGGAGUGGUGCACUACGGCGUGGUGACGCCCCCGUGUGUGGUGAUAGUUCAGGAGUCGGUCUUUGGCGGAAAUGUCGUUUUUAGUGCUAAGCAAGUUUUUCUUGCUAUGCAAAGUGUAGACGAUGUACAUAUGUGGGAGGAAAUGUUGAUACAAACUCAAAGUGAUGGGCCAGAUGAUGUAAUACAAGAUUUAGGAAAGUGCGGGCACGGACUCAAGAUGCACCUCGCAAACGAUGGAAACUUUGCGGUGCGCUUUUUGACUCGAGAUUCGAGGAGCAGGUUUCUGACAGCGUUUAUGAGUGCCCGCCAAGUGUGAGAACUGUUGUGUAUAUUUAAACAUUUUGCUAAGACUGUGUACAGAGAAUCUCGUAGGACAUAUUUUUCUAGUUUUGCUAAUAUGUGGAUGUACAGCUUGUAGACUUACAAAUGGGCUUUUACGGAUACCGUAUGAGUGCUAGCAUGUGUACCAUGCAUCGGAGUGGUGUCGACAAUGUUGUAAGUACCCGCUUUGUAAAUAUCCAUUGUUAACUGUAGGGAUGCCCUACACGAAGCAGACUGGUUGGCUACAACGUGGUUGUAAAAAGUAUUUUAGUUAUGCAAAUUAAAUAAAUUUUCCAGUGUCAACAAUU